AUGAUUUCAUCCAGACUUUAUCUCCAAAGUCGCGGCAUCAUUGUCCGCUCACCACCUCUCCUCACCCUCCGUCACACCACAGCAUCACGCUUCCUCUCCGCCUCAUCCAUGGCCGCCAAAGCGAUCCCCGUCAUCGUCUGCGGCCGGCGAGAGGCCAUCGGCGAAGCCGUCGCCGCCGGACUCCAGCCCGAAUAUGAACUGGUUCACUUUGUCAAGACCCCCGAGGCCGGCGUCGCCGACCUUCCGCUCGUCCUCGCCGGCCGCGUCCCGACGAGCACGGCUCCCAGCAGCGUCGGCACGGGAAACGUUGCCCGCGGCGCCGCGGCGGUCAUUCUCGGCGGCGGCUACGGCGACGAGGACUACGCGGUGAUGCGCAAGGCCGUGGAUGCGGCCGCGUUGAAGCGACGCACGGUCUGGCUGCGCAACAACCUGAGCGUCGCUAUGCCGCCGCCGGGGCCGGAGUACGGCAAGGCGGUGGUGGUCAGGGUCAAGGACUUGCUGGCGAGGCUGGGCGGCGAGGGGAGGCUGGACGGCGAGGAUGGUGGUGCGUACUGGUAUUAG